AUGAAAUUCAUCCUUUAAUGCUCAAUAUGCUUAUAGAAUUUAAAAAAUCCAGUCUCAUUGAGCUGUGGACAUACUUUUUGCUAAAAUUGCAUCUAAAAUUCUUUUGAAACAUAAGAAUAUUGUGCAUGUCCUUUAUGUCGUAAACCUGCAUUGCUUAGCAAUAAUAAAAUUGAUGAAUUAUUGCCUAUUGUUCAAUAAAUUUAUGAAAAUGAGGGAACUUAAAGUAUGAUUGAUCAUUAAAUUAGGUUUAUUAAAUGAAUUUCCCUCAUUAAUUAUAUGCCUUUGUUGUGGUUUAACUCCAAUAAAUCCAGUGGUACUGUCUUGUUAACAUAUGUUUUGUUAAAAAUGCAUAGAAGAAAAUUUAAAAGAUGAACUAUUAUGUCCAGCAUGUUCAGAUUAUUGUUUUAAUAUCAAAGUCAAUACAAAUUAGAAAUAUAAAGAUCUUAUAGAUUGGUAUUUCAAAGAAUUUAAAAUGGAGGAAGAAUAAUAAAUUGAUUCAAGUUUUUAAAAUGAUAAUAUAUUUGGCAUACCACUCUUUCAUUAUGAUUAAUCAGUUAUUAUUAAUGGAUCAACAGAAUUUCAAUUUUUAGAAUUUAGAUAUUAAGAAAUGAUAAAAAUGGUUAGCUCUGGAUCAGGAAAUUUUAUAGUUUCUAGUGAUUUAAUUAAUGGAGAUUUAGUUUAAAUCAAAAGUAUUAAAAAAACAAACAAAGGAUAUCAAGUUUAAGUUGAUGGAUUAUCAAGAAUAAAAAUAAAUUAAGUUUAUGCUUACAUUAAUGGAGUUAAAACUUUAUAUUAAAAUUGGAAUAAUUAACAGUUAUGGCUUUGUUAAUGUGAAUAUAUCAAGGAUAAAAAUUUCAAAGAAAAUUGCUUUUAACAAUAUAAAUAUAUUGUUGCUACAUUAGAAAAAUUAUAUUUAAAUAUUAAAUUGGAUAUUAAAGAUAUAUUUUAGACUUUUAUGAAAAAAAUUACUACUUUAUCAAAUUCUGAAAGCAGUCUUAUUCUUUUAGCCUCAUUAAAUAAUAAUUUUGAAAAAGAAUAUUAUGAAACUGAUAUUGAGAAAAGAAUUUAAUCAAUUUAAUAGCAUUUUGCUAUUUUAGAAUAAAAAAUAAAAGGACUUUAUGAAAAAGAUGAUUAAAUUCAAUAUGCAAAGUUUAAAUAAGACAGCAUUGAAAUUAUCUAAUACCCAGAAUUCGAUGUAACUACUCAAUAUUUUCUUAAUCUCUUUAAUAUUAAAAAAGUUCUUUGUUUUUGA